GUAAACGCUAUUUGAUAUGGAACUUUCUCUGUUUGUAAUAAAGACAAUAAUAACACUAUUUAUUAUGAAAGAAAAUAAUAUUUUCUCCCACGAAGAUAAGGUUGAACGAAUAAUAAACUUAUGAUACGUAUGUGGAAUUUACCACAGUUUUACUGGUUCGAAAUCAUCGAUUGCGAGUUAGAUGUUGGAGUGACUCUUAUGUUCUCCUUUAGGGAUCUUUACGAUAAACGAAGCCUAUUCACGAUAGAAAAGUUGGAAAAUUUUAAAGGGUAUUUCAACAUUCCCGUCGUCCUUCGAACGCGGUACCCAACAAUAAUUUGCAAGUUGGUGGAAACAGAAGGGAUAUUCGAUGACAAGUAGUUAAGCGAUUAUGGGUGAAUAAUAUAUGAGUUUGAAAGCAGUAGUUUCUAGUGCUCCAGAAGCAUUUGACAAGAAUGAAGAUACCGAAGAACACAGACUUGGCUUACGCGAUGUCUCCGCUGGAGAUCGUGGCGUGGCCCCUUGGUACCUGGCCACUUCGAGAGGAAAACGCGACAGCGAUCGCGAAUUCUGCCAUUACACUCUUCAUUCUCAUAGUAAUGUUACUCAUCACGUACGUCGAGUUGUAUCUGGACAUGAGCAACACCGAAAAGGACAUGAACGCUCUUAUGUUGAUCACUUGCGGUCUCCUAGCGGUGUCUAAGAUUAUUUGUUACCGCUUUCGUGCUCCAGGUCUUAUCUUCAACUUCAACUCGGCUGUGAAAGAUUACGCCAAUCUGAACUCAGAGGAGUACCGAAAAAUCAUGCGACGACACGCGAGAAUGGGCAGAGUAGCAUGUGUUACCGUGAUAACCUUUUCGUAUUCCAGCUCGUUGCUCCUAGGUGUGCAAGCUGCAAUAGCGGGCGAUCCUGAAAGAGUGGAAGGAAACUUUACCAUACCGCGCACUCGAGAAUAUCCAGUACCUUCGGAUCGCCUUAUAACUAUCCUGGAAAUACCAGACAGCCUGUACUUGCCAAUUUUUGUUGUAGAAUUUUAUAUGCUUAUAAUCACGUGCACUGGAAACCUUGGUAAAGCUUCGUUUUCUUAAGUUUUACGUACGAAGCGUGUUUCUUUAUGUUCGCAUCGUCUACAGGUAGCGAUUCCUUGUUCUUUGCUAUCAGUUUUCAUCUGUGCG